AUGGAGCUGGGAACUUUGAGACAGCAGAUUUCGUGUCAUUUGCAGUCAUGUGGUUUGUCUUCUAAGAAGCUUGCUGUUUUCUUGCCAAAUGAUGCAGAUGACAUUGCGUCACAGGUUUGCAGGGAAUUGGGUCUGGUUUGUGAGCAGAUACAUGUUGACCUGGUAGCAGAGAUCAUCAGGGAUGCUCGUGAUGCGGAGCCCUUACAGAAACGUUUGGGAGGAGACGAGAGCAUGGACCCAUUGCAUGGAAACUUGCUUCAUGAGCGUUGUUCAACUUUGUAUCCAAAACCUGUUGCACCAACUUUCACUGAGUUUGCUUUCGAUGUCAUCAGUUCUAGGCCAAGUCGUAGGAGGAAUUUUCCAACAGAAGAUGCAGAGGAGACACAGAAGAAAGAACAAGGACAGAAAGAGACUUGGUCCAGAGAGUUGUACAAGGAACUCAAGCGUCUGGACGCUCCGGCCUUACUGCAUUUGGAACACUGUGUGGAUCAGAAACACCUACAUCUUGCACUGGCAGGUAGAACCAGGCAUAACACACUGAAACGAUACAUCAAAACAUGGAGAUCUUUCAUGCAGUGGCUUACAGCAGUGCGUGGCAUGAGUGCCAGUCCAGAAGUAGGUGAUCUGGUGGAGUAUCUUUUCACAAGGUUUGAAGAGCCGUGCGGAGCAACAGUACCACCUCUUAUUGUGAAAGCUGUUGUUUGGCUGGAACGUGUUGCAGACAUUGAUCCACGUGAAAGAAUAGGCGACUCACAGGUGGUUUGCUCAGUCAGGGACUAUUUGGUAGAGAUGCUUUCCAAGGAAAAGCCACCAACUCAGCGUGCACCACGUUAUCCAGUUGUGAUGAUGGAAGCUUUUGAACAUGUUGUUGAAGAUGAAAGUCAGCGUAUAGGCUUUCGUUUAGUUGCAUGGGUAAAACUGGUGAAACUAUGGGCAACUCUUCGUUGGGAUGAUGCCCAGAAGAUCAUCCCGAAGGAACUCAAGUUCUAUGGAGGACGCAUGACCACCAUUUUGAGAACUACGAAGACCUCAGGGCCAUCGAAACGAGUACAAGAGCUUCCGGUUUGCGUCUCAGAGCAUGCAUUUGUUUCGAACCCCUUUUGGCUGAAGACGGGUUUUGACUUGUUCAAGAAGCAUGCACCUUUUGAGAGGGACUAUUUGCUUCCCAAGCUGAAUGAUGAAUGGUCAGCCUUUCGUAAA